AUGACCAGCCCGGGGCGCCCCAAGCUGCCGCAGAGGACACUCGCCGCUGUUCGCCGUGUACAGCUGGGCUCCCACAGACCGCCCGGAAGGCCCCUCGGGCGGAGCUGGCCGAGGCCUGACCGCCGCCCGCCCCGCCCAGGCGAGGCCCUCAGGUGCUUCACGUGCGAGCAGCCCACCCCCGAGUCUUCCUGCACCAACGUCACGCGCUGCCAGCCCGAGCACACGGCCUGCAGGACCGCGCUGGUGACGGGCGAGGCGGAAUUCCCCUUCCAGCAGCGCCCCCUGGUGACCCGCUCCUGCGCCCGCUCCUGCAUGGCCACUGACCCGGACAGCAUCGGCGACGCCCAUCUGGUCCUCUGCUGCUUCCGGGACCUCUGCGGCUCGGCGGGGGCCGCCCGGCUGGCCACCGCCGCCCUGGCCGCGCUGCUGGCCCACCUGUUUCCCUGAGGGGCCGGCCUGUGCCGCACACUCCCGUGGCCAGGCCGCUCGUGGGACCCCACGGGAGAGGACGGCGCUGGGGCGCUCCCCGUCUCUGUCCCCAAAUGUGGAGAAAAUAAAUAUGCCCGGGGUGCUUACUGUGGGCACCGAGCGCCCCAGAGCCGCUUCAGGAGAAGCCUGUC